AUGUCUUUGAAACAGCCGGGAGAUGGCAAGACCCAGGAGUUGUAUGCUCAAACGGGAAAAACUUGGGGUCGUGAUAGAGAUGUCAGCUUAGGAAAUGUUGCUUUAUCUUCAACGCUCUUAUUUGGCACUCCAUUUGUUGUUCUUUACUUUUGGAUGUCAUGUACACACUAUGAAUGUUCGCUUUAUGCCCCGAUAAAGUAUAUAAAGGAUCAUGACUACACUGCUGCUGCUGUAAAGGAAGCAUUAAUAGAUAAACAUCCUCGACAUUCUUUGGAUGCCGCAAAAAUUUAUUUUGCAUGGGUCACGUUUCAAGCUCUGUUGUAUGCAGUAUUGCCCGGGAAAAUUGGUUAUGGACAACAGACACCUGCUGGUCAUAUUUUGCCUUACAAGGUUAAUGGAUUACUGGCCUGGACUAUUUCACACAUCUUAUUUCUCGCAGGUGCUUUCUACUUUGGAUGGUGGGAUGCUUCGAUAAUUCACGAUCAAUGGGGCCCAUUACUAGUGGUCGCCAAUUUAUAUGGAUACUUCCUUACCUUCUUUGUGUUCUUGAAGGCCUACACGUUUCCCACGCACCCAGAAGAUCGUAAAUUUUCGGGACAUAUGUUGUACGAUUUGAUGAUGGGCAUCGAGUUAAAUCCAAGGAUUGGGAAGUUGUGGGAUUUCAAGUUGUUUCAUAAUGGUCGACCCGGAAUUAUCGCGUGGACUUUAAUUAAUUUAUCGUUUGCGGCUGCACAAUAUAACAAAAUUGGAUACGUAACCAAUUCAAUGAUUUUGUUGAAUAUUUUACAUGCAACUUAUGUAUUGGAUUUCUUUUAUAAUGAGGAUUGGUAUCUUCGAACUAUUGAUAUUGCACACGAUCAUUUUGGUUACUACUUAGCUUGGGGUGAUACUGUAUGGCUUCCCUAUAUGUAUACCUUACAAUCGCAUUACUUGGUACGUAAUCCGGUUGAUCUAUCAAUACCACACUUUUUAUUGGUGGCCGCCGUAGGAUUCACCGGCUACUACAUCUUUCGUGCUGUCAACAAUCAAAAAGACAUUGUACGUCGCAAAAAAGGCAAAUGUGAAAUUUGGGGUAAACCUGCCACGUAUAUUCCAACCAAAUAUGUCACAAGUGAUGGAAAAUCCCAUACAAGCAUUUUGAUAACUAGCGGGUUUUGGGGUUGGUCUCGUCAUUUCAAUUACGUGGGCGAUUUACUUAUUUCUUUGGCAAUGUGUUUAACGUGUGGAUUCCGGGAUCUUUUGCCCUACUUCUAUAUUAUUUAUAUGUUUAUUUUAUUGGUACAUCGUGUUUAUCGGGAUGACACGCGUUGUCGUGGCAAAUAUGGAAAGUAUUGGGACGAGUAUUGUCGCAUUGUUCCUUACAAAGUAUUUCCGGGUAUUUGGUAG